AACGCACUUCUUCUCCAGUCUAACCAAUCAACGGCGUUUGAUCAGUCAUAAAUUUAACUCCAAAGAUCUUCUUCUUCUUUGCUGGGUUUUGUAUUUUGGAUGGUGUAGAAAAUCUUAGAUUCUGGAGAAAGAAAAAAAAAUGCCGGUAUCUACUCGAUCUAAGGUGAUGAAACAGGAGCGAAAUGAGCAAGAAAACACAAAUCUGAAUCUUCCGUUGAGAAAUCCACAUCAAGGGUUGAAAGAAAAGAUGAGAGCUUUAACUCUCUUGUACGAGCAGCAAAAGAGAGCUUCUUUCUCUCUCAGGAACCCUAAUCAGUCUCCUAAACCCGAAGACCAGAGAUUCAAGACUCAGCUGCUUGAUUCUUGCAAUAGAGGAGACAGAUUUCAUCGCCAAGACGGUAAAGAUUCUAACUUUGUUGAAGAAGAAACCAAAGAGAACAAUGUAUUCGAAGCAAAUCGGAUUUUUGGGGUUAAUUCGGUUCCGGUUAAGCCUAGUGGUGUGAUUAGAAAGCUCUCAAUGGGUAAUGGAGCUAGAAACGUUACAGAAGCUGAAAAAUUGGAGAGUCUUGAUGCAUCUGUGAGUCGGAUUUUGGUGUUUGUUAGGCUUAGACCAAUGGGGAAAAAGGAAAGAGAGAAUGGGUCAAGAUGUUGUGUCAAGGUUUUGAAUAAAAGAGAUGUUUAUCUAACGGAGUUUACGAAUGAGAACGAUUACCUUAGGCUUAAGAGGCUCCGUGUUCGUCAUUUCACUUUUGAUUCUUCUUUUCCUGAAACUACCACACAACAAGAGGUUUAUUCCACCACAACAGGAGAUCUUGUUGAAGCAGUUCUUGAAGGAAGAAAUGGUUCAGUUUUCUGCUACGGUGCUACGGGAGCAGGCAAGACUUAUACGAUGUUAGGGACAAUGGAGAAUCCUGGUGUAAUGGUUUUAGCAAUCAAAGAUUUGUUUGCUAAAGUUAGACAGAGAAGCUUAGAUGGGAACCAUGUUGUUCAUCUUUCUUAUCUUGAGGUUUAUAAUGAAACUGUUCGAGAUUUGCUUUCACCUGGUAGACCUCUCAUUCUCCGCGAAGAUAAGCAGGGAAUUGUGGCUGCUGGUCUCACUCAAUAUAGAGCUUACUCAACAGAUGAGGUUAUGGCUUUGCUCCAAAGGGGAAAUCAAAACAGAACUACCGAGCCAACUCGUUGCAAUGAAACAUCUUCUCGCUCACACGCUAUCCUUCAGGUAAUAGUGGAGUAUAAGACUAGAGAUGCUUCCAUGAAUAUCAUCAGCCGGGUAGGAAAGCUAUCUCUCAUUGAUCUUGCCGGUUCUGAAAGAGCGCUAGCAACUGAUCAAAGGACACUCAGAUCACUGGAAGGAGCAAAUAUAAACAGAUCACUUCUCGCAUUAAGUAGUUGCAUUAACGCGCUUGUGGAAGGCAAGAAACAUAUUCCUUACAGAAACUCAAAGCUCACACAACUACUAAAAGACUCACUAGGCGGCUCGUGCAACACGGUGAUGAUUGCUAAUAUAAGUCCAAGCAGUCAAUCUUUUGGUGAAACACAAAACACUCUCCAUUGGGCUGAUCGAGCCAAGGAGAUUCGUGUGAAGGGAUGUGAAGUAAAUGAAGAGGUGGUUCAAGUGGGUGAAGAAGAAGGUGCUGAUCAGGCCAAGCUCUUGUUAGAGCUUCAAAAAGAGAACUGUGAAUUGCGUGUCCAGCUCGCGAAGCAGCAGCAAAAGCUUUUGACUCUUCAAGCAGAGAACAUAGCCGCUGCUAAUAACAACAACAACAUUUCUCUGACACCUCCAUCAAUCUCAUCUCUAAUGACUCCACCAUCUGCGUUAACAGCUCAGCAGAAGAAGAAACCAAGGCAUUCGUUGUUAUCAGGGACAUGUUUCACACCAGAAUCAUCCAAAAGGACAAAAGCAGAAGAAGCUGUGAAGGAACUUCAGCUGACUGUUAAGGCAUUAAAGAUGGAGAUGGAGAGAAUGAAGAGGGAACAUGGGUUGCAGAUGAAGAAGCAAAAAGAAGAAUUAAUGAAAGAUCUUUGUAGUAGAAAGAGCGAGAAAACUCCAGAAAGAGGCAAAGAAACAAGAAGGAUUGUCACAAGAGGGAGCUUGAGACCAAAGGAGAAGGAGAAGGAGCUGAAAAGCCCGAGUCACCGGUUUGCAUCUCCAGCUGCAGCAGCUAAAAAGAGAAGCUUUUGGGACAUAACCGUAGCUAAUACUAGUCCUGCGUUGGAUAGAAGGAAAACGAGAAGCCACGGUCUUGUUCAUCAAGAAGCUCCUUCAAAACUGCUUCAGCCCGGGUUUGCUCGUCCACACAUGAAGCAUUAACAAGAUUAUGUGUUGUUUCUUUACUACAUUUUUUUUUUGUUUGUUUCCCCCCAUUGUUUGCUAACAUCUGUACUCUGUAGGAAUGACAAUAACACAAUUAUUUUCUA